CAAACUAACAGCUUACCACUUAAACAAUAUUACUAACCUUUAGGAAUUAAAACUAUGUCGUCUAGAAGUUUUCGUUGAUACCAACCUUGUCUCCGCCAUUUUUCGGGAAAUUGUCGCGUUACCUAAGAGCCUGAAAUCAAAGAGCCGCAAACUGCCUCCACGUUUUUGAUUGGCUGUACUAUAUAACGUCAGAAUACGUCAUGUUUGCGAGGAAAAAUCGUACAGUUCGCUAGCUGUCUGCUAGAUAAGAAGGUUGCGAGGUUAAUUUACAUUAAAAUGUGAAGGCAGAAAAAUAAGAGUGUGUCUAUCAUAGAAUACAAAUAUUUGUAGUUAUGUUGUGGUGUUUAAAUAUUGAUUUGCAUCAUGGUACGAGUAUGUAGUGCAAAUAAUUGUUCAAAUAAGUAUAGUACUGGGAUAAAGUUCAGGAGGUGCCCUUGUAUUCCUCAUCUGCAGCAACAAUGGUUAGAAAAAUUAAACAGAAGUACUAUGGGAAAUGAAUUUUAUCUUUGUGAGGAACAUUUCAGCAGAGAAGAUUUACAAACAAAUACUCGAAGCCUUAUUCCUAUAAUUUUUUGCAACUGCUCAAAUACUUGUAGGAAUGUCAAACCUUUGCAGGUCAAUAAUAAAACUUUUAAUCCUUUAGAAGAUCAUCCAGGACUACCAAAACAUCUACAGAAUAGGAACAAAAAGACAAGUAAUAAAGAGAAUGAAAAACUUUGCAUCAAAAGAGGACGUCCAAAAACAGAAUGUAUACAUGAGACACAAUGUCCCAUAGCCUUAAGAAGACAGAUCGUUUCAUCUUUGGUUCCUCGACCAACUGCGAUAGAGUCUAAUUCUCAAAGAAAUGUAUCUUCUAGCUAUAUGCAUUGUAAUAAUCAGUCGAGUCAUAAUGUAACACAUUGUGAUACGAAUAUGAAUGUGGACCUUAGUGAAUGUAAAAUACCUUCCAGCAUUGUGCAAUACGAUAAUCAGUCGAGUCAUAAUAUAGGAGUAACAUCUUGUGAUACGAAUAUGAAUAGAGACCUUGACGAAUGUCAAGUACCUUCUAGCAUUAUGCACUGUGAUAAUCAGUCGAGUCAUAAGAUAGGAGUAACAUAUUGUAGUGCGAAUAUGAAUGUGAUUCUUAGAGAAUAUAAGGUACCAUUGAUAGCAAGUAAGAUGAAUGAAGUCCAAACAACAACUGAUUUUAACCAAAGUAUUAAUAAUAAUAAUCAAAGUACAAAUAAUAAUACUGGUCUAAGUGCAAUAGCGGAACUACGGGACUUUAGUCAAAGUAAUAACAUUCAUACAUUGACAAACUCCAUAUAUGAAAAUGUUGAACAAUGUGGGAAAUCUAAAAGUAAUGUUAAUUCAAAGAGUAGCAUUGUGAUAAGUACCACAAGAUAUAGCAGAAAUUCGGAGUGUGAAUCUAUUAAUAACAAUAUAAUAGUGAGAAACAUGACUGGACCUGAUAGUUAUAUAAUAUUUGAUAAUACAAUACCUGAUAAUACAAUACUUGAUAAUUCUAUAAUAGAAGGAAGUCCCAGUCCUAAUCCUAGUAUUGUAAACAGUUGUAUGACAUAUAAUACCAGUACCGUAGAAUGUAAAAAUUAUUUUAUUCAAAAUUGUCGGAAACCUAUGCUGAAACAAUCCAAAAUUCUAUCUAUUGAUAUUCAACCUACAUUGAAUCCAUCUUUGAAACUUGAUAGUAUUUUACAGCAAAACCGUGUCCUGAAAAGAAAAAUUGACAGUUUACGUAAAUUAGCUACAUAUUGGCAGAAAAAGUUAUCAUCUUUUAAGAAUAAAUUGUCUUCUCGUUUUGGGGAGGAUCAGCUUAAUGCUCUAUGUUUGAGUUCGAGUCGCGGCAGUAAAUGGACAAAUAAGACAUUACAAAUCGCUUUACAGUUGCAUUUUGCAUCUGGCACCACUGGAUAUCAAUUACAGUCACAGUUACAAAUGCCUUUGCCGUCUGUUCGUCUUCUUCAAUCUAAACUUCAACAUGUACAGUUCUCGCCUGGAACCAAGUCAUACAUAGGUUGGUGUACUAUACCAGGAGCAAAACCAAAAGUAACUUCACAGUUAAAGCUUCAAUAUCCUGAUCCUGAUACAAGAGAGAAAUGGCGGACUGAGGUAUCCCUAUCAGUGCUAAAGGAAAAGUCAAAGAUCGCUGUCUAGAAAUUGUACGUGAGUCGUACAAAGUGGGAAUAACAGUUCGUGUUCUGACUUGCGAUAUGGGUAAUCGUAAUGUAUGGAAAGCCCUGGGAAUAGAAGUGGGUCCGCAGAUACUGAAUAACAGCUUCUGCCAUCCAUGUGUUGAAGGUAUCGCAGACCAACACCUACACCACUUCAAGUAACGCAACGGCUAAGACAAACUACUAUUUCAAUGCUUUUGAGGGAAGUACCUGGAAGUAGUUAUGACUUUGAGACAGAGGGAGAAAUACUUAUUAAUAUCUUUGAAGAGUUGAAAUUUGCUGCUUUGGAUACUGCUUUGAAUAACAAUGGAG